AUGCUUCAUAUAACUAGAACUCCAUUUGAGAAGGAGAAACCGAAAGAUAGCUCAAAGCCCGAAGAAGAGAACGAGAGUGAGAAGAAAAAGACUGAACCGAAACCCCUCGAGAAAACGGAUACAGAUGAGCCCCAACGAAUUCUUUUCCCAGUUCUCCUUGUCGACAUGGGUGGCGAGGAGUUGAGACCAGCUCACCUUCAUCUUCAUGCUCAUUCCGAUAAACCAAAUAUGAGAGUUUGUUAUAUUAAUAAUAGUCAGCAUCCUCCACCGAAGACUAAUCAUCGGGCUGCGACACCGAUGGUUUUCACCUUCAAUGAGGAAAGUGGAACGGAAAGUGGAGAGGCUACACCGAAACCGAACCUUCUUGUAAAUCAAACCUACGACCUGGUGUUCUUUGAGGGCGAUAUCAAGGGAUUUAGUCUCAAUCCAAAAGACAAACGAAAUCUCUACUUCUUCACGGUGCAAGCUGAAGACUACUCAAUUUUCUUCCCCAGUGAAACCUCACGAACAGAAUUUUUGGCCUCGAUUCGUGCCUCUCUCUCCGAUUACAAUAAUUACCUGGUUGAUGAACACGAGGACGAUGAACCGAUUCAAUUUGUUUAUGAGCUUGAUGAUAAUGGACAUCCGAUCGUUUUGGGAUCUGGCAGUUUUGGAACGGUGUAUGCUGGUAGAGAAUUGAGCAGAGAGAUUAAAAUCGCCAUCAAGGAGAUUAAAAAUGUUCCUCAAAAGGACCUUCAACCGUUGAUAGAGGAGAUUAACCUACAAUCUCGACUCAACCACACCAAUAUCGUCUGUUAUUUGGGCUCAGUUUACGUAGAUGGUGUGCUUAAAAUUCUUAUGGAACACGUUCCUGGAGGAUCGCUGAGUUUCCUGCUGAAAAAAAUCGGAAGUUUACGAGAUGAAACCGUAUCGCACUACUCCAGUCAAAUUCUCGAGGGGUUGAGUUAUUUGCACGCCAGCAAGAUCGUUCAUCGGGACAUUAAAGGUGAUAAUAUCUUGCUGAAUAUGUACAGGGGAGAGCUCAAAAUUGCCGAUUUCGGUGCAUCAAAGCGCCUGGGUGGCUUGAUCAGAAAAGCCGGCUCAGUUACAGGCACUAUGAGGUUUAUGGCUCCAGAACUGAUCAAUGCCUCAAAGGAUGGUUAUGGUUACCCCGCGGACAUCUGGAGUUUUGGAUGCACUGUUAUUGAAAUGGUAACCGGUAAACUUCCUUACCAUGAGCUCGAUGCUUACGCAGCCUUCUACCGUGCAGGAUACUACAGUGACCAUCCAGAUAUCCCCGAGGAGUUGCCUGAGCUCUGCAAAGCAUUUAUUAAACGCUGCUUCGAAGUUGACCCAGAGAAGCGGGCUAGUGCAGCUCAACUGCUUUCCGAUCCUUACAUCCUCAAGUAA